UUGAUGUCAAACUAUGUGAAAGUCCCCACCACAUGCUUCGUAAGCAUCCAGGAGUCUUUUAAGUAGUUUUCAAAAUUUCCAUUGACACUUUGACGCCGACAUCCCCGACUGUAUUAUCCUUAUUGUGAUGGCGGAGGACGCCGCCGACUUCGAGACGGCCAUCGCGGAGUGUGGCUUCGGGCUGUUCAACGUGUUCAUCCUGUGCAGCGCGGCGCCCUGCCUCACGGCGAUGGUCUUCUCGGCCUCGGCGCUGUCCUAUGUGUUGCCCUCGGCCGAAUGCGACCUCGAUCUCAGCAUCGUGGACAAGGGGAUGCUGCACGCGGUGACGUACGCGGGGAUGAUCAUCUCGGCGGUGCCCUGGGGAUUUAUUGCGGACACCGUGGGGCGCAAACCUGUGCUCAUUUCUGGCGGCUUGAUCGACGGCUUUUUUGUCCUGUGCACUUCCUUUAGCCAGAACACAGCUCAGCUAAUGGCCUUCAAGUUCUUUGACGGCUUUAUCAUCUGUGGUCCAUUUGCGGUGGUGGUCAGCUACCUGGCCGAGUUCCAUGGCAAGAAGCACCGGCCGUAUAUCAUGCUAUUCGUGGGCCUCUGCGUUUCCGUUGGAUCGAUGAUUUUACCCCUGCUGGCCUACGCUUUGCUGCCUGUGCCCAUAUUCUUCAAGGUGGGAGCUCUGGAGUUUCGCACCUGGCAGGUCUUCUUGGCGGUCAGCUCGGUGCCCAGUCUGCUAUGCGGCUUCCUGCACAUUUUCCUGCCCGAGAGCCCCAAGUUCCUUAUGGCCCAGGGAAACUACAAGAAAGCCUUGGUGUCCCUGCAGCGCAUCUACCAGCUGAACAAGCGCAAGAGUAAGGAGAGCUAUCCGGUAAAACUUCUGACCGAUCCAACGCCCGAUCGCUCCGCUGAUCUUGAUGGAACUGGUCGGUCAUUUUCACACAAGGAAAGAUUUGUGCGCGCCAAGAACAAGUUUCUUGAGGGCCUCAAACAGAUAAAGCCGAUGUUCUCCAAGCCCUAUUUGACCAUCUCCUUGCUGGUUUACUGCCUGCACUUCUGUCAGAUAAUGUGCGUAAACUCGGUGCGUCUGUGGCUGCCGCAGAUCUUUGCCACGAUGAAUGCGAUGGAGUCUCUGGGGGCAAACGACACGAGCAUGUGCGGGGUUCUGGAUCACAAUGCGAUGGCAAGGUCCAUGGACGCGGAGGCCAAGCGGGUGGAGUGCGCUCUAAACCACGACCCUCAAAGCUACUUGGAUAACAUAAUCGUGUCGGGUAUUGGCCUGGUCGGCUUCCUCAUAAUUUUUCCAUUAUUGCGGAUCCGAUUUGUUGCGGACCACAUACUGAAGGUGUUCCUAUUCAUCUGCAUUUUCCUGGUGGGCAGCCUGUACUUUGUGAAGACUUCGCUGGGGACGAUGAUAGUGUCGGCCCUUUACCUGACUCUGAUGGGCAUUUGUGCCACCACAAUUAUUGGAAUGUCUGUGGUGAUUUUCCCCACCCUUAUGAGGACAAUGGUUCUGCUGCUGAUUAUGACCUUUGGAAGACUUGGCUCUGUGUGUGGCAACCUUGUGUUGCCAAUUUUCAUGCAACUCAGUUGCCUGGCUCCGUUUCUUUGCUUGUGCGCUCUAAUGUCCAUGGCCUUCCUGUUUUCGCUGUUUCUGAAGGUCGACGAUCGACAACCGCUGAGCUGAUAGCUCAGAAUUUUUUCCUGAAAGUUUAUCCAGAUUUUUGUAACCGUCUCGUCAUCGAUAUCUUCUGUUUAAAUUAAUAAUAAUAAAUGCUUUUGACUGCACGGUUAAUUCAAGAUAAUUACACUUUAUUCACAAGCACACACAAAGCCAGAAGACCCUGAUUAAUUUCUUUAUGCUUUUUGAUUGGAAAAAA